AUGAACAUCCAACCAAACUACCAGAUCCUAGCGUGCGGCUCAAACGGCAGCUUCCAACUAGGCCUCGGAGACGAUGAAGAUCGCAAUCAGCUAAAUCACGUUCAAGCCGAUUUCCCACGAGCUAAACCGGUACAAUUCGCUUGUGGUGGAAACCACACACUAAUACGUUUUGAAGACGGACUGGUCAUGGCUGCUGGCGGCAAUGAAUACAGCCAAUGUGGCUUCAAGGGGGAAGAGUUCGUGAAGCAGUUUACGAAGGUGCCAGGAUCAUGGCGCUUUGUGGCUGCCGGGUGGGAAUACUCGGUGUUUGUGGACUUUGAAGAUAAGGUGUAUACUUGUGGACACGGGCCUAAGGGCGAACUAGGGCUUGGAGAUAAGUUUGUUCUUGCCGAAGAGCUCUUUGAGGUGAAGUUUGAGAGGAAGGGAAAGAUCGUGGACGUUCAGUCCUCGAUAAACCAUGUGGUGGUGGUGACUGAGGAAGGAACAUAUGGCUGGGGAGCCUGUCGAAAGGGCCAAUUGGGCCAGGUGACAAAAUUAAAUGAUAGGGGAAAGCCUGUGGCAGGGUAUUGGGAGCCAGAGAGGGUGGACAUAUCUGGAAUCGCUGCCUUGGGUCAUGAUCGAACGGUUCUACAGAACUCCCAAGGCAUCGAGAUUUUGGGCAAGAGCCCAGAGAUUAUUGAAACGGAAGCCAGCUCUGUAAAAGCUAUGUGGUCCUCUGUGCACUGGACGGUUCCCAAAGACAACGGCAUUGAUAUCUUCUCCCACGGCAACAAUCUGCAUGGUCAGUUGUACAAGUUCAACGAGGAAGCCAAGGUUGUUGAUUAUACUGUUGGAUCUGAGCACGGACUUGUUCUACUAGAAAACAACAAGGUUUGUGCCUGGGGCUGGGGCGAACAUGGUAAUUGUGGACCACCUAAGAAAGGUAAAGAGGAAGAGGUGACCUUUGACUAUCUCAAUGAAGUGUAUGGUGGAAAAGAGAAGGUUGUGUUUUUGGCUGCCGGAUGUGCAACGACGUGGAUUGUCGUGGAAGAGGCAGAGGGAAGCUAG